UUCAAUUAAUAAAAAUUGUGCUAAAACACACGUGUCAAAUUGACAGGAAAUUGACAGCAAACAUACCUACUGGUUACUGAAAACUACUGAAAAAAAAACAACAACAAAGUAAUAGUAUAAAAUAAAAAUAACUACAGGAUUAUAUGACAUGAGAAAAGUACAAGGGAACGAUGCUUUUCAAAGAAUUAAUUUUCUUUACCAAAUUAGUAAGGAGGUCGUUAUAAAGAAUCCAGUGUUAGCUGCAUACUACGGUAAUCUCGCUAUUAGCGUAGCUAAGAAAAAUGUUCUUAAAAUACAUCCAGAUAUAAAAAGACAAUUGUGUAAGAAGUGUCGCUGUGUACUCUUAGAUGAUAAAACAGCGAAAGUUAGAAUAAAAAAUAAAAAUAAAUGUAAACGAAUCCAGUUCACUUGCAAUACAUGUAGAAUGAAGAAAGAAUAUCCUGCGGACAAAGGCAAAGAUCAUAGAAUAUGGUUGGAGAAGCCAGAAGCCGUUGAUCAAGUUAUAAGUUGAUUAAUAGUUUCUUAAUUAAUAUUAGGCUCUGCCUUUUUUCGUAUGUGGAGUCAAAGGCGUAUGACCAGCAAUGGGAUGAUACACGUUGAAUCAAUCAGUCAAUUGUAGUUUUUCAAUUUUGGAGCAAUUGAUUUAGUUUUUGACUGUUAUACUGUAUUUAAAAAACAUGAAUAUUAUGAAUUGGAUUUAUGUAGAAUCGAAAAUUUAUCGAUUUUCUUUAUAAAUUAUUUUUGGACAUUUAUUGGACAUUCUACCAAAAAUUUAUUAUUUAUUUAAAUGUGAUCAAAUUUUUGCUAUAUAUAUAAAAAAAAAUUGUUUUAACGAUCUUUCUUUGCAAUUUUAAAUCAGUGGCUUUUGUGAUAACUUUAUGAUAACUCUGGCAUAAGCCAAUAUUAUUGAUUCCUUGACAGAGUAAUCUAUUUUUAAUUUAUCACAUAAUUGAGAUAUAAAAAAAUAAAAUAAAAAAUUAAGUGUUUCCUGCAAAA